AUGGACAACUCGAGAUCUUCCGCGCACUACGGCUCUAUGUUUCUCGGUGGCAACCGUCUCGUCGACGGCAAGACCAAGCGCUUCGACCUAGGCGGCUUCGAGCCUACCAGCGUCACCCUCGCAAAGAGGGAGGAACGACAGAAGGCGGAACAAGAGAAGGCGGAGCGAAAGAGGGCAGCGGCGAAAGAGGCGGAGAAGGUGGUGGUGAAGAAGGCAGCCCCUACCGUCCCCAAGGUCAACGAGCGAUACCCGCCGCAUCUUCUUGCAGAGGUGGAGAAGAAGCCGGUUCCCGACGGCCCCAGGGGUGACGAGCAGUACAUGCCGCUCCGUCCUGGAGAGUCGCUGUGGGAUCCGAGCAUAGAUCCACGCCGCUACAGCAACCUCUUGGGAGGCUGGGGCAAACCGCCUGCAAAAUGGAGGCGCAACAAGUAA